ACAGACGCACGCACGCACGCACGCACUACCUAUCGCCGUACCAUGCUGAGGGACGGCAGGAUAGAAAAGGGGGAGGGGGGUGUGUUUACAGAGCAACGUAGCCGCGCUGGCGAAAGUCAGAGACGAGAGGGAACUUGUUUCGGAGGGUUGUGUCAUUCCUUUCGGCGCGGGGGGACCGGGGGGGAGGCGGGUCCAGCAGCUGUGGAGGAACUGAAAAGGUUCGAGAGAAAAGACGAGAUAAUGGCCGACUCCAACGGCAGCAAACCUUUCGUGGCGACUUCUUCCCUCUCCCUCAAAGUCACCACCCCUUCCUUCUACAAUCAGCCAAAGAAGUUUGCUUCUGUAGCCCCACCUCGCCCACGGGGCCAGACAGACCAGUCGCAGCCAGCAGCUUCCCACGUGUCCCCGGCAAGUACGGCGGUCAUCGGUCGCGUGGGAGAGCUUCCUCCUCCGCCUCCCGCUUUCUGCGAGGACUUCCCACCCCCUCCUCCUCCUUUGGAUGAUGCUGAGCUGCCAGUCCCGCCCCCAGAAUGCCAGACCACACCCCCUGCUUACGAGGCCCCGCCCCCUGCCUUCCCAGACCCUCCCCCUCCACCUGCGGAAGACUUGUCUUUCCCAUCAGCGCCUAAGGAGAGCACCUCCCAGACCUACACCCCUCCGCCUCCUCCUCCUCCCCCGCCUCCCCCGCCACCACCUCCACCCUCUGCCCCAUCUACAAAUAACAGUAAUAAUGCUCAGAGGCUCCUAGAGAAACAGACCAGCUUUGACCGCCAGCUGGAUUCCCUAACGGGCAUGUUGUCGGAAAUGGAGACCAGACGACCUUUCAACCCGAAGUUGCCUAGUCAAGUCCCAGUUGUGCCUGCGCCCAAACCAGGUGGCCCACCACCUGUCACUGCCCCAAAGCCCCUGUCGUUUUUACCUCCCCCCGAGCUGCAGGAUCGCCCACCUCCCGCUCCGUGGGCCGAAGAGCUCAAAAGACGGACGAAUAGACAAGCUGCCCAAAGCCCGGCUCCUGCCCCCAGCCAAGCCCAGCCAGCCGUUAAGGGUCCGGCAGUGGCGCCCAAGACCAGCUUUCCCGUCAAUCAAAACGCAGCCGGCAAUAAGGGCCCGUCUUUUCCGUCAGCUGGUCCGAAGCCUCCGGUUUCCAGCGCCCCUCCCGCUGCUUCAAAACCGGUUCCAUCCAGCUCCUUUCCGCCCCCACCCCCUCCCGUUAACCAGACCUCACCCCAGCCAGCUGUUUCGCCACCUUUUAGUCACUCCAAAUCCUCUCCAGCUGGUAGCCAGGAAAACGUGAGCACUGCUCCCCCGGCUUCGCAGCCCAAGUCUGUGAGCUCAGGGUCUUCUCCGCGUGGCCCGUCUGGGGGACCUCCGGCCGUCAAGCCCUCACCAACCUCAAACUCUGGUUCUGGAGUGCCCUUGUCUAUGAGGGAGGUCGAGGAGUUGGAGAAGAUGACGCAGGACUUCAUCCGAAACAUGGACUCGCACGCACCGGUCAUCACCUCGCCUCCCACAGAGGUUUGCGGGAAAUGCGGCCAGGCUCUCUCGCGUUCCCAGCCUGCCGUACGAGCCAUGGACAAACUCUUCCACUCCGACUGCUUCUGCUGCAUGAGCUGCCACCGCCCCCUGCAGGGGAUGCAGUUCUACGACAGGGACGGGCAGCCGCAGUGCGAAGAAUGCUAUGUGAACUCCCUGGCUGUGUGCGCUGGCUGCGGGGAGCGCGUCACCGACCGCGUGCUGAAGGCCGUGGGGCAGAGCUUCCACCCUCACUGCUUCCGCUGCACCACCUGCAGCUGCAGCCUGGAGGGGACUCCUUUCAUCACCGACGAUGACAACCACCCGUACUGCGUGGCCGACUACCACCGCCGCUUCUCCCCUGUCUGCGUGAGCUGCAAGGAGCCCAUAGUGCCCGAUCCGGGUAGCGAGGAGACGAUCCGGGUUGUCGCCCUCGACAAGAACUUCCACCUGAAGUGCUAUAAAUGUGAGGACUGCGCGCGCCCUCUCUCGAUAGAGGCGAACGCCGAUGGCUGUUACCCCCUGGACGGCAGAAUCCUGUGCCUCAAGUGCCACACCGCCCGAGCGAAGCAGGCUUCUCAGUGAUUUGAGGGAAGCCCUGCCAAGUCAGACCCGUCAGCUCGUUUAGACUUCAUAGGAUUUCGGGAGCUGAUGACCCUUUGUUUCUUCCAUUAUAUACAUUCUGCUCUUCUUGCUUGCCGUCACGCUCCCGCUCUCGGUACAGAGGUAAUGUACUGUACCGUGAGAAUGAUCUACGCGUCCUCCCGGUUGGCCUUCUACGGUGCGUUCGGUGCAUUUACUAGCUCCCGGCAUGAUUUGCACAGGUAUAGCUUUAGCUUGAAGUGGUCUCUGAAACACCAGUGUGCUUUGGGACUUUCACUGCACAGCAGCCUCUUCGAUUUAAAUAUAAACUGUGUGAACAACAGUAAGGUAAAACACUCUGUAGGGCUAAGAAUAUGUGUGUGUGUUUUGGUUUUUUUUUUUUUUAUUUUUUAAUUUUUUUUUUUUUUUGGUGGAUUCUCUCAACCAGUGCACUUUGGGUAGUGUUUACUAGGAUCAGUUACACAGCAUAUUUACAGGAUGCUUUUGACAGAUGUGCAUUCUACAAACUGCAUCUCCAAGCAGUGGUGUGUUCAGUUUCUUCUUUACUUUGUCUUUGCUGCAUGGGAACAGUAGUAUAUAUGUUUUCUUUUUUUUUUCCCCCCUCUCUCUCUCUCCCUCCUAGGGCUAUAAACUUAAUGAUGCAAAAAAAAAAAAGCUUUACAGUAGUGAGUCUAAUAUGAACAAGUCACACUUUCCAGGUUUGGUGUUGUGAGAGCGCAGAGCUCCCAGUUCUCAAGAAGGUUUACGUACUUGACGUGUUUAGCCGUGUGAACAGUAUGAAUUUAAAAAUGCAUUUAAUUCACUUGUCUAGGCACAAAUUUUAGGGUUUAACUAAUAGUUAAGAAUUUUAAGACUCCUAAGGGUGGCGCAGUCAGUUUUCAGGUGGACGGGUGUUGGCAUUUCGAGUCGAGGAACAAUAAGAAACGAGCAAAAAUUCUUAUAAAUAGCAGUUCUCUUUUCAGCGAGUUUGUGGAAGAAAUAGUGAUAUUUACUGUUUGGUGAAUACUGAAAAAGUUAAAAUGUGGAUUUAGGACACACAAGGUAGAAUUGGCUGCAGUUAGACAUACUGGUAGUAUUUGAAUUCCUAUUGGUGGAAUUCAUUAAUUUAAUUAGUAUUAAGGAAUUUAAGUAUUCUCUACACAUAAGUUACAUUUCUAUCAUAUAAGCACAAUGACACUUGACUGACUGCACUUAGAUUUACAGCUUCAGUAAUAUAGCUGCUCACACCUGGGAACUGAACUACAGAUUUGGGAUUUCAGUUUCCAGUGACUAAAGAUACAGUUGCAGUUAUUUUCCCACACAGCUGUAUUCAGUUCUGUUUACUAAU